ACUUAAUUAUAACAGAUUGUUGUGUGUGUGUGUGGCGGAAAAAAAUUAAAAGCGGAGAAAUUAUAUUUGAUUUUAAUAAUUAGCGAUGUUUUUAUUUUUCUGUUUUUUUAAUCAGGCGAAUGCAAAUCGAUGCUAAUGUUUUGUUUUUACACGAGGCCUGCGUGGUGAAUUAGUGAAGGAAGCAGCAGCAUCGUAGCGGUGUUUGGAUCCCAGCAGGCGUGGAAAGAGAAGUGCGUUGUUGUUGGUCGACGCUGAUCACCACCAUCCGGCCUGAAGAGGAGCGGAGCCGGGAGCUGGAGUUAGCAGCAGAGGAGUCGCCAUGGCGGUAAACCUGGACAAGGAAGCGUACUACCGCCGGAUCAAGAGGCUGUACAGCAACUGGAAGAAAGGAGAAGAUGAGUUCGGUAAAGUGGACGCCAUUGUGGUGUCUGUGGGAGUGGAUGAGGAAAUCGUUUAUGCCAAAUCCACAGCGAUACAGACCUGGCUCUUCGGCUACGAGCUGACUGACACCAUCAUGGUCUUCUGCGACACCAAGAUCUUUUUCCUCGCCAGCAAGAAGAAGGUGGAUUUCCUGAAGCAGGUGGCUGUGACCAAAGGCAACGAGAACGCCAACGGAGUCCCGCCCAUCACUCUGCUCACCAGGGAAAAGAACGAAAGCAACAAGGCCAACUUUGACAAGAUGAUCGAGGCGAUAAGAGGCAGCAAAGAGGGAAAGACGGUGGGAGUCUUCAGCAAGGACAAGUUCCCCGGAGAGUACAUGAAGAGCUGGAACGACACCAUCACCGCCGAGGGGCUGGAGAAGGUGGACAUCAGCGCCGUGGUGGCGUACACGAUGGCGGUGAAGGAGGACGGAGAGCUCAGCCUGAUGAAGAAGGCGGCGGCCAUCACCAGCGAGGUCUACUCAAAGUUCUUCAAGGAGCGAGUCAUGGAGAUCGUCGACGCAGACGAGAAAGUGCGUCACAGCAAGCUGGCGGAGUCGGUGGAGAAGGCCAUCGAGGAGAAGAAGUACCUGGGCGGUGCAGAUCCAUCCACGGUGGAGAUGUGUUACCCUCCCAUCAUCCAGAGCGGGGGCAACUACAGCCUCAAGUUCAGCGUCGUCAGCGAUAAGAACCACAUGCACUUCGGUGCCAUAACGUGUGCCAUGGGGAUCCGCUACAAGUCGUACUGCUCCAACCUGGUUCGCACCCUCAUGGUGGAUCCUCCUCAGGAGAUGCAGGACAACUACAACUUCCUGCUGCAGGUGGAAGAGGAGCUGCUGAAGGAGCUGAAGCACGGUGUUAAGAUCUGUGACGCCUACAGCACAGUUCUGGAGUAUGUGAAGAAAGAGAAGUCAGACCUUGUGGCGAAGCUCACCAAAAACCUUGGCUUUGCGAUGGGAAUUGAGUUCAGAGAAGGCUCCUUGGUUCUGAAUGCUAAAAACCAGUACAAAUUGAAAAAAGGUAUGGUGUUGAGCAUCAGUUUGGGUUUUGCUGACCUUGUAAACAAAGACGCCAAGAAAGACGAGCAGAAGAAGUACGCCUUGUUUAUCGGCGACACAAUACAGAUCAAUGAGGAAGAAACCGCCACGAUACUCACACCGGUUAAGAAAAAGAUAAAGAAUGUGGGAAUCUUCUUGAAGAAUGACGACGAGGAAGACGAAGAGGAGGACGGCGACGAUGCCGAGGAGCUGCUGGGGAAAGGAGCUCGUAGCGCCGCCCUGCUGGCUGACAGAACCAGAAACGAGAUGACGGCGGAGGAGAAGAGGCGGGCUCACCAGAAGGAGCUGGCCAACCACCUGAACGAGGAGGCCAAGCGCCGCCUGACGGAGCAGAAAGGAGAGCAGCAGAUCCAGAAGGCCAGAAAAUCUAACGUCUCCUACAAGAACGUGUCCCAGAUGCCCAGAGAAAAGGACAUCAGAGACAUGAAGAUCUUCAUUGACAAGAAAUACGAGACCGUCGUCAUGCCGGUCUUCGGCAUCGCCACGCCGUUCCACAUCGCCACCAUCAAGAACAUCAGUAUGUCUGUAGAAGGAGACUACACCUACCUGAGGAUCAACUUCUACGUCCCCGGCAGCUCCCUGGGACGACAGGAAGGAAACAUCUUCCCCAACCCUGACGCCACAUUUGUCAAAGAAAUCACGUACAGAGCGUCCAACCUGAAGGCUCCCGGCGACACGUCGGUGCCGUCCACCAACCUGCAGAACGCUUUCCGCAUCAUUAAAGAGGUCCAGAAGCGCUACAAGACGCGAGAGGCCGAGGAGAAGGAGAAGGAGGGCAUCGUCAAGCAAGACUCGCUGGUCAUCAACCUCAACCGCAGCAACCCCAAACUCAAAGACCUCUAUAUCAGACCCAACAUCGCACAGAAGAGGAUGCAGGGCUCGCUGGAGGCGCAUACUAAUGGUUUCCGUUUCACGUCGGUCCGCGGUGAUAAAGUGGACAUUCUUUACAACAACAUCAAACACGCCAUCUUCCAGCCAUGUGACGGCGAGAUGAUCAUCGUACUGCACUUCCAUCUCAAGAACGCCAUCAUGUUCGGUAAGAGGCGCCACACGGACGUCCAGUUCUACACGGAGGUCGGUGAGAUCACCACCGACCUGGGCAAACACCAGCACAUGCACGACCGAGACGACCUGUAUGCCGAGCAGAUGGAGCGCGAGAUGAGGCACAAGCUCAAGUCGGCCUUCAAGAACUUCAUCGAGAAGGUGGAGACGCUGACGAAGGAAGAGCUGGAGUUCGAGGUUCCCUUCAGAGACCUGGGGUUCCAGGGCGCCCCCUACAGGAGUACCUGCCUGCUCCAACCCACAUCCAGCUCCCUGGUCAACGUCACUGAAUGGCCUCCGUUUGUCGUGACCCUGGACGAGGUGGAGUUGGUCCACUUUGAACGUGUGCAGUUUCACCUGAAGAACUUUGAUGUGGUCAUCGUCUACAAGGACUACAACAAGAAAGUGACCAUGAUCAACGCCGUGCCCGUCAACUCCCUCGACCCCAUCAAGGAGUGGCUCAACUCAUGUGACAUCAAGUACACGGAGGGAGUCCAGUCUCUGAACUGGACUAAGAUCAUGAAGACCAUUGUGGACGAUCCGGAGGGCUUCUUUGAGCAGGGCGGCUGGUCUUUCCUGGACCCAGAGAGCGAGACUCAGGGAAGCGGCGCAGAGGAAGAUUCGGAGUCGGAAAUGGAGGAUGAGACGUUCAACCCCUCUGCAGAUGAAGAGGAGGAAGAAGAGGAAGACAGUGAUGAGGAUUACAGCUCGGAGACGGAGGACUCUGAUUACAGUGCAUCACUGGGCAGCGAGGAGGAGAGCGGCAAAGACUGGGAUGAGCUGGAGGAAGAAGCCAGAAAAGCUGACAGAGAGAGCCACUAUGAGGACGAGGACACCUCCAACAGGAAGAGGAAGGUCCGGCCAUCAGCUCCGCCCAGCAAGAAGAAGCGACGGUCCUAAAUCUCUGUCUCGUACACACUCAUACUGCCAAACCUAGUCGACCCCAACCUCCCUCCUACCCUGACCGGCUCUUUCUGAUGCUCACACACACACACACACACACACACACACACACACACACACCACCUGUACAUAGACGUAGGAUCUCCGUGUUGGUCGCUGAAGUGUCGCGUUGAGAUGGUGGAAGAACCAGCAGGACAGUCAGACUUCAUCCAUUAGCUCCAUUCCUUCCUGUCUCCACCUCCAUCCAUCCAGGCAUCAUCAGGGUUUCUUGUUUGUGUGUGUGUGUGUGUGCGUGCAUGUGUGUUUAAAUGGGUUUUUAUUGCAAUCAUUGUUUAUUUUCUGUUCAAAAACAAAAGAAGAUGAGUUUCUUAAUUAAUGGAUAAUAAAAGAGAAGUCUUGACAUAUCCUCUGCCAAGUGAUUUUUAUAUAAAAACGGAGAAACCGAUGAUUCCCCUCCAUCCUCUCUCCUCUCCACCUUGUUUUCUUCAGUGUUUGUGGUAGUAAAAUGGAACGUUUGUCUCUUUUUUUUCAGAGGGGUUGUGGGGGGCAGAAUCACAUUUUCAGAUUAUUCAGUUUUUUUUUAAAGGGGUUUGUAAACUGAUGCAUACAUGCGCACACACACCUCCACACACACAACUACACACCAUCUCCCUUGCACUUGUCCUCCUUUCUGUUGCCUCCCUUUUUUUUGUUCAUUCUGAGUAGAUAUGAUGUUGUACUGUUAAUUCUGAAAAUCCUGUUUUUGUUUUUGUAAUAAAAUUAAAAGGAACUGUA